AUGAAGGCAGACUGUGCAGCAAGAUCUCCAGGGAAUGGAUGGAUUUUCUUCAGCCAAUGACAGAAAACUGACUUUAAAAAUACACACUAUAAGAAAACAAUGUUUAUCCAAGAACUGAAAGGCUUUGCCAUCCUCUGGGCGUUUUUCUUCACAGGAGCUGUUACUGGAUUCCCAGGAGAAGGACAAUUAUUAUGGAAGAAAGAUCAUAAUUUUAAUCCUAUGAAUGAAACUCAAAUGUUUCUAUAUGAUACCUUUCCAAAAAACUUUUCCUGGGGUGUAGGGACUGGAGCAUUUCAAGUGGAAGGAAGUUGGAAAAAAGAUGGUAAGGGACCCUCAAUAUGGGAUCACUUCAUCAGCACACAUCUUAAAGAUGUCAACAGCACAGAUGAUUCCAGUGACAGUUACACUUUUCUGGAGAAAGACUUAUCUGCACUGGAGUUUUUGGGAGUUUCUUUUUAUCAGUUUUCAAUUUCCUGGCCAAGGCUCUUUCCAGAUGGGAUAGUAACAAUUGCCAAUGAGAAAGGACUCCAAUACUAUAAUGCUCUCCUCGACAGUCUUGUACACAGAAACAUUAAGCCUGUAGUUACUUUAUACCACUGGGACUUGCCUCUAGUAUUACAAGAAAAAUAUGGGGGGUGGAAAAAUGAGACCAUAAUAAAUAUUUUCAACGACUAUGCAACUUACUGUUUCCAGACAUUUGGGAACCGUGUUAAAUACUGGAUUACAAUACACAACCCGUAUCUAGUUGCCUGGCAUGGCUAUCGCACAGGUAUGCAUGCACCAGGAGAGAAAGGGAACACAGCAGCUGUUUAUGCUGUGGGACACAACCUGAUCAAGGCACACGCCAAAGUCUGGCACAACUACAAUACAAACUUUCGGCCGCAUCAGAGAGGCUGGUUAUCGAUCACCUUGGGAUCCCACUGGAUCGUACCAAACAAAUCAGAAAACAGCCUGGAUGUUCUCAAGUGCCACAAAUCCAUGACUUCUGUGCUGGGAUGGUUUGCCAACCCUAUCCAUGGGGAUGGGGACUAUCCAGAAGUCAUGAAGGAAUCAGUCUCUCUUCUCCCUCAUUUCUCUGAUGCUGAGAAAUCCCAGGUGAGGGGCACGGCGGAUUUCUUUGCCUUUUCCUUUGGACCUAAUAAUUUCAAACCUACGAGCACCGUAUCCAAAAUGGGGCAAAACAUAUCGCUCGAUUUAAGAGAAGUCCUAAAGUGGAUUAAACUGGAAUAUGACAACCCGAAGAUCCUCAUAACGGAGAACGGCUGGUUCACAGACAAUCACGUGACAACGGAAGACACAACAGCCAUCUACAUGAUGAAGAAUUUCCUCAAUAAGGUUCUUCAAGCAAUAAAAUUUGAUAAAAUAAGGGUGUUUGGUUACACAGCUUGGUCUCUGCUAGAUGGCUUUGAAUGGCAAGAUGCUUAUACCACCAGACGGGGAUUAUUUUAUGUGGAUUUCAGUAGCAAACAGAAAGAAAGAAAACCUAAGUCUUCUGCACAUUACUACAAACAAAUCAUAAAAGAGAAUGGAUUCAUCUUAAAAGAGUCCACGCCUGAAGUGCAGGGUCAGUUUCCGUGCGAUUUUUCCUGGGGUAUUACUGAAUCUGUUCUGAAGGCUGAGUCAGUAGCUUCUUCACCACAAUUUAAUGAUCCUCACUUAUACUCAUGGAACAUCUCUGGCAAUGGACAGCUCCUCCCAGUAAAAGGGGUGACAAUGAAAACAAGAGCUGCUCAAUGCACAGAUUUUGUCAGCAUCAAAAAACAACUUAAAUUGUUGGCAAGAAUGAAAAUCACCCACUACAGGUUUGCCCUAGACUGGUCCUUAAUUCUGCCCAAUGGAGACCUCUCUAAAAUUAACCAACAAGUUCUUAGGUAUUAUAAAUGUGUGAUCAGUGAGGUGCUGAAACUCAACAUCUCAUCAAUGGUCACCUUAUACUACCCAACUCAUGCAUACUUAGGCCUACCUGCACCUUUGCUCCAGAAUGGAGGAUGGCUAAACCAGUCAACUGUUCAUGCUUUUCGGGACUAUGCAAAUCUGUGUUUUCAGGAACUUGGAGAUUUGGUAAAGCUCUGGAUCACUAUCAAUGAACCCAACAGACUGAGUGACAUCUACAAGGCGAGCAGCAACGAUACAUACAGGGCAGCUCACAAUUUGCUGAUUGCCCAUGCCCUAGUCUGGCAUGUCUACGAUAGCCGGUAUAGACCUUCUCAGCAUGGGGCAGUCUCUCUGUCUCUGCACGCAGACUGGGCUGAACCUGCCAAUCCUUAUGCUGACUCCCAUUUGAAAGCGGCGGAGCGAUUUCUCCAGUUUGAAAUUGCCUGGUUUUCAGAACCCAUUUUCAAAACUGGGGACUACCCAGAAGCAAUGAAGGAGUAUAUUGCCUUCAAGAACAAGCAAGGGCUCUCCAGUUCUGUGCUGCCACGUUUCACGAAGGAGGAAAGGAAGCUUAUCAAAGGUUCUGCUGACUUCUAUGCCCUAAAUCACUUUACCACCAGACUUGUCAUCCAUGAGCAGCAGAAUGGUAGUCAGUAUGACUUUGACCGGGAUAUCCAAUUUCUGCAGGAUGUCACCUGCCUGAGCUCUCCAACCCGGCUGGCAGUGAUGCCAUGGGGAGAGCGAAAGAUUCUCAACUGGAUCCAGAAAAAUUAUGGUGAUGUAGAUGUCUAUAUCACAUCCAAUGGGAUUGAUGACCAAUCCCUGGAAAAUGAUGAACUCCGAAAGUACUACUUAGAAAAAUACACCCAGGAAGCUUUAAAAGCUUACCUAAUUGAUAAAGUCAAGGUCAAAGGCUAUUAUGCAUUUAAGUUGACAGAAGAAAAAUCUAAACCCAGAUUUGGAUUCUUCACAUCUGAUUUAAAAGCAAAGUCCUCAAUACAGUUUUACAACAAUUUGAUCAGCAGCAGGGGCUUCCCUUCUGAGCAUUCCAGUUUUGGAUGUGGGGAGAGUCACCAUGAUAAACAGUGCAAUUUCUGCUUAUUUCUUGACAAAAAGAAACCACUUAUAUUCUUUGGUUGUUGCCUCUUUUCCACCCUAGUCCUUCUUUUAGCAGUUACUAUUUUCCACAAGAGGAAGAGAAAAAAAUAUCAUAAGGCAAAGAACUUGCAACAACACAUUUCGAUUCCACUGAAGAAAGGUCAUAAGAGUGUCCUCAGCUAAACUGAUGUCAUUUCCCUCUGCCUUCAGCAAGCAAUGAAUAAGUUCACUCCGCUUUCCCUCUUCUAAGGUUACAGCAAACAAAGGAAUGAAAGAAGAAAUGCUGGGAUACUGUUUGUAACCAAGGGAAUGACCAUGGCUUUGCAGAAUGCCCAUAUUAAUUUUCCCUUAGGAGCGGAUAUCAACAAAUCAGUGGUGGGGGUUUGAAGAUAAAAUCCUUAUUUAAGCAAACAUAAAGGUGCAAGAAGUGCUCUGUAACUUGCUGUCUUGUAAAGUCUAACAAGUUCCUUUUGGUCCCUCUAUACUUACAUGUAUAGAUAAGGAUUGGUGGUCAUAAUAUAAGUAGAACAUUUAAAACACAAAAUUAGCUUCUUGUUUCAAUUCUACCCAGAAGAUAUAUGUCCCAUUUAUAAAACUCACUUCUCACAAAGUACUUUCUCUGCAUGUCAGAGGAACACAAGCUUUUCUCUGGCUAGUCACAGGUUAAAAUCUUAGUCACAGCUUCUCAGAACUGGAAGUGACCUCAGAAGUCACCUUGUCCAUUAUCUAUCUAACUACAUCAGAACCAGUUGUUAUCCAGUUAUUGCUCGAAAAGCCUAAGCAAGGAAUAAUCUACCUUUUGAGGCUACCCAUUCCAUUUUUUAAGAGCUCGAAUUUUUUUUUAACCCUCGCUUUCUGUCUUGGAGUCAAUACUGUGUAUUGGUUCUAAGGCAGAAGAGUGGUAAGGGCUAGGCAAUGGGGAUUAAGUGACUUGCCCAGGAUGACACAAUUAGAAGUGUUUUGAGGUCAAAUUUGAACCUAGGACCUCUAGGCCUGGCUCUCAAUCUACUGAGCCACCUAGGGGCCUUCUUGAAUAGCUCUAAUUAUGAGGUUUCUCCCUGUAUGAAGCUAAGCUGAAAUUUGUUUCUAGCUGUUUUCUGGAGACAAACAAAUCUCAUUUCUCUUCCACUUGAGAGCUCUUCAAAUACUUGAAGAAAGCUAUCUGGUCUACCCUAAAUCUUUUUUAGGUAAAGCAUCCUCAGUUCCUUUACCCAUUUCUAAUAUAGCAGUGUCUCAAGGUAUUCCUUUCACCAUCUCUGUUUCCUUUCUUUACCAAUUCUCUUUCCAAAUAUGGCCAAAACUAAACACUCCCUUCCCAUAGUCUUUCCCACUGGGGAAAAAUCCCCCAAGAAAAUGUCAUUUAUCUGAAUCUUGCAAAAUCCCCCAUUUAUUAUAUUUAUGUGGACACUGACUACAAAAUAUAAACUAUGUAAUGGAAUAUUUGAUUAUAUAUGAGAUCACAGGAUUAGGAGUGGGGCAACCUGGGUUCAUGUCCCAGAGCUCCAGUACCUUAGGCAAGCACCUUAAUUUCUUCCAUUGACAAAUGAUAAUAAUCUCUACCUUACCAAUCUUUCCAAAUUGAGAAAUGAUAAUAGAUUAAAAAGUACUUUGAAAAGUUAAAAACACCAAACAUAAAGUGUUUUUAAAAACCAUCUAGAUUAGCCCUAAAUAAGUCCAGAUUAUCAAAUGACCUUUUUUUUUUUCCUGACAUACUACUUCUAAUGCAAUGUUCAAAUGCAGCCUCUUCACAGGUGUAGACCCAAAGAACAGAAGCUCAGUUUAGCAAACAGUUAUUCUUGCUGGGUAAUUAAAAAUGUAGAUAAAACUAUCAAAGGUUUGAACCUGUGGUUUGACUUAAAACCUUAUUCUUCUCAAAGUUCACCUCUUGAUAUGUAAAAUCAGGGAGGUUCUAUAUUUGAACUUUGUUUGAAAAAGGAACACAUUCUAAAGGAACCUCUAAAAAUAAAAGAUCAUAUUUUUAAAAUCUGAGGCAAAAUUAACAGAAACCUUGACUUUAUGCCACCCCCCAGAAUUCCUUCCUAUAUGUUUACAUCACAAAAAUACUGACUUUUUGUUUUAGUCAACAAACACCACCUCUCUAUAGGGGCACUGGUACAGUCUACUGGUAGUUGACAAUUUUGCUACAUCAGUUUUUAAACUUGUGUCUAACUCCUUGGGAAGUCAGGUAAAACUUCUAGACUCCUCAGAACAAUUUAAAUGCAUAAAAUAAAAUUAUAAAUCUUAAUUAACAAAAUGGAAAUUUAAAUGAAUAAAAGAAAAUAUAUGGGAUUACAAAGGAAACCAACUAUAUUAAAAUGUUGCCAAAAUAUUUAAAAAAUAAAUUUGUGAUACAUGAGCUCCUUUAUAAAUUUAUCAUAUAACAAGACAUUUAUUUAUUUUUUUAAACCCUUACCUUCCAUCUUGGAGUCAAUAUUGACUCCAAAGCAGAAGAGUGGUAAGGGUUAGGCAAUGGGGGUUAAGUGACUUACCCAGGGUCACACAACUGGGAAGUGUCUGAGGCCAAAUUUGAACCUAAGACCGCCUGUCUCUAGGCCUGACUCUCAAUUCACUGAGCCACCCAGCUGCCCCCUUAACAAGACAUUUAAAAGGGCAAAAUAAACAGUAAAUUUGUAGUAAUGAUGAGCAUAAACAAUAUUUUAGGAUUAUUUGCAACAUCUGUAAUGAGAAGAAAAUAUUUGUGAUUUAUAUUAGUGACAAAGUCACAGGUACUGCUAAUACCAUCAUCAUUUGUUAGCAAAAUUUCAGUUAUAAGUUAAUGAAAAUAAAGAUGUAAAUUUUUUUCCCCAUCCAAGAUCACAGACCAUUUUUUUCUCUCCUCUUAGGCCUAGAAAAGCACUCCUGUUUAAAGGUUCUUAGCAGGAAAUUAUCUUGUAAAGCCAGGAUUGAACUCUACCUACCUCAAAAACACAGUAAUUAUGGAAUUCAAUUAAGAUCAUUUAAGUUACCAUUAAGUUACCAGUUUACAUAAUCAAAAUUGUUGGCCCUCUCAAACAAGUGGGUAAUUGAAAGAAAAUUAACUUUUAAAAGCUAACUGGUCAAAUUCAUUCAAAAUAGUCUCAUUUUUCUAUAGCUGCUGCCUAAAAGUGAGUCAAGGAUAAUUCAUAUAUACAGAAUGUUCUGCUAACUUCUCUUUUGUGGACAGAAAAGAUGGUAAAUCAUUUUUGUAUUUUCUCCCUAGAGCCCAAAGGUCUGAGGCUGACUGUUUAGAGCAUUGAAAACAACCGGUCAAUUCAAUUCAGGACAAAAAGAAUUAAUCUUGUUUUUAAGUUACAGGAUUAUAGAUUUAAAGCUACAAUUAACUUUAGACAUCUUCUGGUCCAAUUCACAUUUUUUUAGAUAAGAUUAUCAGAUGUAAACAGAGAUAUUAGUAGAUAAUAGGGACUUAUGUCCUCUGACUUCAAAUCCUGGCCUUUCUACUACAUCAUCCAGUCUUCUAGGCAGCAAUUUACAUUUAAUAAAUAUUUAUUCAAUAAAUGCAUAAUUAUAGGAUGAUGACUAAAAGGAACCUUUGGAGAUCAUUUCAUAGGAUUUUUGAUUUAGACUAGAAAAAGGGCCCUCAGAGAUCUAGUUCAACUCCCACAUUAAAGCAAAGGAAACAGGCCUAGAGAAUCAAAGUAAUAUAUGACCAAUAUAUGUGAGGUGAGGGCCCAGUGAGGAAUACACAUAAAAGUUCCUGUCUUCAUGAAUCACUCACUCAACAAAUACAUUAUGAGCACCUUUUUGUGAAUCCAUGUAGAAGCAAGAAGCAGUUAACGUAGUUUUUGCUUUUUAACUGGUAGUUUAUGCAACUGGGACACAGCCCUACCUAGAGUUCAAGUAUAUUUUCUGUAAGAAAUCUCAGGUUGUCAAAUGUUAUUACUAAUAGGUGUGGAAAAGCAAAUAUUAUUCAACAAGCAUGUAUUCAUCUAUUCAGUGCCACUCUGCUAGGGACCAUUCUAGGGGUUAGGGUUACAAAUUCCAAAGUGACAUAGUACCUGCCCUAAAGCUUUUAUUCUUUUGGCUAUUUAAAUUGCUAGCAAUACAAAGGUUCAGAAUUAUAAUUUUCACCAUUAAUUUUAAAGUUUAUGCACAUCUUUUAGCAUAUCUUGUGUCUAAGUUCAUAAUACAACUUAACUAUUUUGAACAUAACAUUUGCUUGUUAAAAUUUUUACUUUAAAGCUUAUUAUUUUAUUGUGAAUGGAAAAAAAGGGGUCAGUAAUUUUUUUUUGUUUGUACCAGUAUUUAAUUAGCCACUUAUUCUUGCCAAUUUCAGUCACUAUCUUGCAAGUCAUUGGCUCAAAACUUUCUGAGUCAUGAUCAAUAUUACCCAUCAGAAUAUAUCAGUUUAUUAUAAAACCAUUAAACAUUACAAGACUCUGAUCAGCAGUAUGCAGUAUUUGGAAAGGUAGGCAAUAAUAGAGGAUCAUGGGACCUUUAUGAGGGGCUGAAAGGGUAAUUAGGUCAUCUGGUCCAAGCAGCAACUUCAUUUAGCAGAUGAGAAAAAUGGUCUUUCUGCAGUUAUUUUUGUAAGCUCUUUGCUAUAAACAUGCAACAUCAUAUCCUUUUGAAAUGAACUUUUAUGUUUACAUUUUGUGCAUUCAAUUGUGACCCUAUGAUUUCGUACCAACAGGAGUUGUGUAAAUACGCUGAAGUGCUAUACGAUACAACUUGUGGGGGUUAGGGGGGAAGCAUGUGCAUUGUUAAUAAAUGUGCUUAAUUUUGGUGUAAUUUAUUCUAAAUAAAUUAUGUACAUUACUUAUACCCAA